AUGUCUUCACAGUUCAGGAGAUCAAACACACAUAAUCUAUUCAGUAACACAGCCCAAUCGUCGGCAAACAGCAAUAAAAAACUCUCUCCUGCCAUAAAAUCAAAACUAAACACACUAACCGAACUGUUCCCCGAUUGGACCAACGACGAUUUGAUUGAUUUGGUACAAGAAUAUGACGAUUUGGAAACGAUAAUCGACAAGAUCACUUCAGGUUCCGUCACCAAAUGGGACGAAGUCAAAAAACCUUCCAAGAAGGAAAGACAAGAGAGAAAAGAACAACUGUUAUUACAACAACAAUUGGAACAACAACAACAUUUGUCACAGCACGAUUCGUCAAAACACGACUCAUCCAACAACAAUAAACAGCAUAUCCACAUUAAUAGCAAUACUCAUACAAAUUCAUCUCCGUCACAGCAUAAUAAUUCUACAGCAACCAGUACAAAUACUCACCCACAACAGGACCAUGCCCAUCCUCAUCAACCUCGCACUGCCAAAAAGGACCACAAGACUACCUCGCAUACACAGCAGCAGGAUACCCAAAGGGAUCCGCAAGAUACUCCCGCCUCUGCCGCUUUACAGCCUGCAGAACCUCAAGAUCCUCAAGCUGAUGAUUUACUGGAUAAAGAAAAAUUAAAGAGCAAUAGCACCAUCACCAGCACCAGCACCGCCACUCCAAACAACAAAACAAACGUUCAUUCCUCCACAAAACAUAUCAUCAAAUCAGAAAACUUGAAGCAUUCCACAGGCCCUUCCAAAAUAGUAUCCCACACAACUUCGUGGGCUUCUGUCAUCGGUUCUAAAGAAAUUAAACACACACAACAGAAACCUGUGGAAAAAUCAUUACCUUCCGCCAAGCACCAACAACCUUCUGUGUCUCAACAACCUUCUUUGUCAACAAAAACUCCAGAAUCUUUACCCACUGCAUCCACAAACGCUCCAGCCGCUGCUGCUGCCACUGCUUCUGCCACUACUUCUGCUUCUGCUUCUGCUUCUGCUUCUGCUUCUGCUUCUGCCACUACUACUACAAAGAAAAUGUCGUGGGCCGCCAUUGCGACUCCAAAACCAAAAAUUGUUAAAAAGAAACCUUCUACAACAACAACUGAAACUAAUGAAUUGAAAUCUUCUCUAGAAAAGUUGUCUGUACAAGAAACUGAAGAAUCCAAUGCUGCCGUUGCUGCUCCAGAAACUGAAGUCCCAAUAGAAACUGAAACUCCAGCUGCUGCCGCCGCAAAGGAAACUGAACUCAAACAAGAAGUCUCUUCUGAAGAAGACGAAGAUGAAGAAUCCUCUGAAGAAGAAUCCUCCGAAGAAGAAAGUUCUGAAGAAGACUCAUCCGAGGAAUCCUCUGAAGAAGAAAGCUCAGAAGAAGAUGAAGAAGAACAAGAUGCUGAACCAGAAAAGACUGAAAAACAAGAAUCUUCCCCCGUCGCUACCCCUGCUGAAACUGAAAAGACUGUUAAACAAAAACCAGUGGAAACUGAUAUUCCUGUAGCCCCAGAACAAAUUGAACAAAUUCCACAAGUUCAACAAGUUCAACAACAACAAGCUCAAGCAAAAUCCACUCAAUCCCAAUAUUAUAACCAACAACAAGCUCAAUUACAAGCUCAACAACAAGCUCAAAUCCAAGCUCAACAACAAGCUCAAGCUCAAGCUCAAGCUCAAGCUCAAGCUCAAGCCCAAGCUCAACAAGCUCAACAACAAUACUUGGCUCAACAAUAUUCUCAAUCCCCACAAGUCGCCAACUCCUCCAUCAAUUCUACAAACUCUCCUGCUAAUGCUGCUGCAGUGGCCCAACAACAAUAUUAUAUGUAUCAAAACCAAUUCCCAGGCUAUUCUUACCCAGGUAUGUAUGAUUCUCAAACAUUUGGUUACUCUCAACAAUAUCAACAACCAUCUCAAUCCAUGGCUGCUGCUGCCGCCAACAUCUCUGCAACCGGUAACAUGACUUCUGAUCCUUAUAAAUUACAACAACGUUAUGAUCAAUCUUCCACUGCAAAGACCGAUUUAACUUCUUCCUCCCCUGCUCCUUCACAUAUCCAAACUCAACAACAAUCUACUCAACAAUCCACUCAACAACAACAACAACAACAAUCCACUCAAAAUGCUGGUCAAUUGGGUCAACCUCAAUAUAACGGUUCUUUCAUGCCAUACUACGGUCACUUCUACCAACAAUCUUUCCCAUACGCUCAACCACAAUAUGGUAUGGCUGGUCAAUAUCCUUACCAAGUACCAAAAGGUGGUUACGCAGGUUACGCAGGUUACGGUCAAGCUCAAGCAAACCAACAAUUGCAACAAGCUCAAUCUCAACAAGCUCAAUCCCAACAAGCUCAAUCUCCAUCUCAACAUACUAAUGAAGAUCAACAAGGUCAAGUACAAGCUCAGCAAUCUCAACAUACAAAUGAUCAACAACCAAUGAACCCACAACAAGCCCAAUUCCAACAGUACUAUCAAUUCCAACAACAGCAACAACAACAACAACAACAAGCUGCUGCUGCUGCUGCUGCUGCUGCUGCUCAACAAGGAGUUCCAUACGGGUUCAAUGGUUACGAUUACGCUUCUCAAGCAUCAAGAGGGUUCUACUAA